AUGGAAGAAUACAAGCUCACUAAACUUGACUUCCAAAGAGAUAUGAAGUAUCAUGUAUUUCUGAAUUUCAGGGGAGAAGAUGUGAGAAAGACUUUGGUUGAUCAUCUCUUUGAAGAUAUGUCUGCAGCAGGACUGAAUGUUUUCUUAGACAGUGAGAAAUUGGAAAAGGGGGAAGAGAUUAGGCCGAGCUUGGAAAGAGCAAUCAAGAGCAGUGCUAUACGCAUUCCUAUAUUUUCUAAAGGCUAUGCAGACUCAACUUGGUGUCUCAGGGAGGCUGCUGCAAUGUUGAGGACUCCUGGCUUGAUAAUUCCUCUGUUUUAUCAUGUGGAACCAGCUCAUGUUAGACAUCCUGAAAAGGACUCCAGUCCUUAUAAGCAAUCGUUUCUUAUACAUUAUGGGCAUUCAGAUCGAUACCCAAGAGAAGAGAUUGAUGAAUGGAAGGAUGCCCUUGUACAAAUCUCUAAACUCUCAGGCUGGUCCACGGAUACAACUCAAGGCUAUAAAGCUCGCUUAGUAAAGAUGGUAGUGAAUGACCUGAUCAAGACAUUCGACAGAGUGCAGUUUGAAGUUGCCAAGUAUCCAGUGGGAAUGGACAACGUCAAGAAUGCUCUCAUUCAGAAAUUAAACCUCAACUCACUGAAAGAGGUGAUUAAAGUUGGAAUCUGGGGUAUCGGUGGUAUUGGCAAGACCACUGUUGCCAAGGCCGUCUACAAUCAGAUUUAUACUGAUUUUGAUGCUGCUUCAUUUUUAUUUAAUGUGGGCACUGCUGCUACAGAGUCCAGGGGCCUUACAAAUUUGCAGAAAAAAAUUCUUAAAGAUUUAUCCAAAUAUGGUGGAGAAGUAAGGCAUAUCUCUGUUGAGAUAUCAUUUGAGAGGAAAAUCUGUGCUGCUCAUUUUGGAUGA